UUCUCUCUCUCCCUUUUUGCAAGAUUUUCUCUGCCAACUAUCUCCCUUCUUCCCCCCCUUAUAAAUUCCCUUCCCUCUCCAAACUCUUUCUCCCUCACCUAAUUUACCAAUUUUGCCCCUCAACAAUGGCUUCCAUUUCCUCCUCUCAUGACUCUGGCUCUUGGACUCCCAACCAAAACAAAGCCUUUGAAAGGGCCUUGGCUGUCUUUGACAAGGAUACCCCCGAUCGCUGGCUCAAUGUCGCCAACGCCGUCGGCGGUGGCAAGACCGCCGACGAAGUCAAGAGACAUUUUGACCUUCUUGUUGAAGAUGUCAAACACAUUGAAUCCGGUCGUGUUCCUUUCCCUAACUACACCUCUACCUCCACCCCCGCUACCUCCGACAAUGGCAACCUCAAUGACCAAGAACAAAGGAUGAGAAACCUCAAACUUCACUAAAUUGGUUGAAAUUGAAAGCAAGUGAAGAAUAAAGGUGGAUUGGUGGUUGCUGUUUUUGCCCCUGAGAUAACAAAAUUUACUGUAGCCAAAUUGCAGGUUUCCAAGAAUCAGAACUUGCAACUCUAUGUUUCAUAAUCUGUUUUUCUUUUCUUCCUCUUGAAAGUGUAUUUCCCCAACUAAAAAGCUAAUCAAUGUAGGAGAAUCAAUUUGAUUUAUGUUC